UCUAUUUGACGGUUUUUAAGCAUAAGAACGACCUUCACUGAUGGGUUUUUUAGGUAUGCCGUACGAGCACAGAGUAAGGGCCUGGAAUAAUCUCUCUCUAAGGUCACUGCACGUCUCAAAACUAUGUACGGUCUUUUCGCCCCCUCAUCGUUACAUACUCUAUUGCAAGUGAAAACCAGUCUUCCUUGCAUUUCUCAUGGCCAUGAAGCCCCACAAGUUCUCCCCAAUAGCCCAUCUGGGUUUUCGAGCUCCCCCCUUUUUGGCCGAAGGGUACUGCCUCUUCUCUCUCUAAGCCUACCCAUUUCUCUUUCUAGACCAUUGAGGAAGCCGGGUGUGGCCUUUGCAGCUGCUGUCACAGAGAAGAGCAUCCAUGAUUUCACUGUCAAGGAUAUUGAUGGAAAGGAUGUAUCCCUCAACAAAUUCAAGGGGAAGGUUUUGUUGAUUGUCAAUGUUGCUUCCAAAUGUGGCUUGACCAAGUCCAAUUACACAGAACUCACACAUAUAUAUGAGAAAUACAAGCCUCAAGGAUUUGAUAUACUCGGAUUUCCUUGCAACCAGUUUGGAGGGCAAGAGCCUGGAACAAACUCUGAGAUAAAGGAGUUUGCUUGUACAAGGUUCAAAGCAGAAUUUCCCAUUUUUGACAAGGUUGAUGUGAAUGGACCGAAUACUGCACCCAUAUACCAAUUCCUGAAAUCCAGCACUGGUGGAUUUUUGGGGGAUGUAAUUAAGUGGAAUUUCGAAAAGUUCCUGGUCAACCGAGAUGGGAAGGUUGCGGAGAGAUAUAGCCCUACUACUUCUCCUUUCCAAAUUGAGAAGGACAUCCAAAAACUUCUUAUCCCAUGGAUCAUGAAAUGGGACUAUACUAUAUCAGUCAAUAAUACAGCCGAUUAUACCUAUAUUCCUCGAUUGGGGAAAACCAUCUCUGUCAAAUGGUGGGACAUUUUCAAAAUGGAUCUCACCACUACCACACCAAAAAGAAUGCCCCAACAGACACCUAAAUACCAGCCAAGUCCAACUACAGCCAAUACCUCUUUUGACUUUCCAACCUACUUACGAAAUAUGUUGCAAACCAAUCUCAAUGCAUCCAAAGAAGAACUAGAAAAACAAAUGAAAGAAAUCUUUGCUGAGGCAGGAAGAAAACCAGUAUCUUCCGAAGAAACCGUACAGUCUUCCCCACUUCACACCAAUAGAUACCUUCAAUUGAGUGAAGCUGAUCCCGAAGAAGAGACAGAUCCAAAAGAAGACGAUCCAGACGAAUUCAGUCAACGACCGUGA